AUGGGACAACAACAAUCCUCUGAGAAGGGCUCGAGUUCGAGGACUGGGACCCCUCAAGCCGAGAGAGACCGCAAGGUUUCUCGCAGAGUCUCCAUCCAAGCCCUAUCGCAAAGUCGAGCAACCCCCGUUGACCCAUCAGCGACAAAGGACACCGCAGUUGCGCAAACCACCUCCCAACACCUAGACAAACCCGAUUUGCAACAGUAUUUGCAAGCUUCUUCGUCUCCCGACCAGCAAGCAAGAGCUGGCAAAGUCGAGAGGUCGUCCUCCAGAGCCUCGCGUGCGCAUAGAAAUGAGUUGGAACAGCGACCGAAACAACAACCAUCACCUGCUCCGGCGCCGCCGCAAGCAUCGGGCCCAAUGGAUGUCCCAGCAUCGAGGAGCAAGCAGGAAUCGGUGGACGAACCGGUCGAGGAACCUAAUAACACCUACCACGAUCGACGGUAUACGCCAGUGGCCCAACUUCGCCCUCCACGUCUUCCUCUGCCCAUAGCUGAUGUGCCUAUCCCCGAAUCGCCUACCUUGCUCCCAGUCGAUAGAGGAAAUGCAGAUGUUCCCAUUUUCGAGACAGAUGAGCCUCUCUCUGCCAUCGAACCUCAGACUACCAGGAAAAGUUCUAUGUUGAGUACGACAACGCAGUCUGAGGAAGAGGUAGGAGAGGAACUGCAGCCUUUCGCGGUCGAUACUGCCACGGCUCAAACUGUUCCUACAGUCAUCGAAUGGAACCAUGGCGGGAAUAAGGUCUACGUGACGGGUACGUUUGCGAAUUGGGAAAAGAAAUAUAGACUUCAUCCGAGAAAGAACGGUCCUGGCAUGUUCACCACCAUUAAUCUUCCCUCUGGCACGCAUCAUCUUAAAUUCGUGGUGGACGGUGAAAUGGUCACGAGCCCGGAUCUGCCGACGGCGGUCGACUUCAACAAUUUUCUCGUCAAUUACAUCGAGGUUGCCACAGAGGACCUUACCAAGCCGAGGAGGGAAAGCGCCCAAACAGGUAGUAAAUCGUCAGCACUUGCGGCCGUCGAGCAUGAGCACGGUCGAUCUGGAACUCAUACACCUGUUUCCGAGAUGGGAGAGCCUCAAGCAGAGGAGAUUCCAGAAGGCGAUUUCCGGCAACUUGUUCCACAAGCCCUGUUGGAUAUUGACCUUCCAGAGGAUGACCACCGGUAUCAUAAUGCGGUCCGAGUCAUCCAAGAAAGCCCAGCACCUCCAGCCCUGCCUCUCUUCCUAAGCAGAUCCAUCUUAAAUGGCGUACUACCGGUCAAGGACGAUAACAGCGUCCUCACCCUGCCCAACCACACCGUCUUGAACCAUCUCAUGACCAGCAGUGUUAAGAACGGUGUGUUGGCGACCAGUGUGACGACCCGAUACAAGAAGAAGUACGUGACGACAAUUUCAUUCAAACCAGUGCCUCAGUUCCAGACGGCUCAAUAG